GGGCGUCUCAUCCAUCCGCAGAUCCGCCGGCGGCGUCAUCAGCCGAGCUCGAAGCGAGAGAGAGAGAGAGAGAGAGAGAGAGAGAGACGCAUAAAUUUGGGAGCUCCUGUCACAACCGGCAUCAGUUCCUCCUCCGUCGUUUCAGAGUCAAGUAAGAUACUUUAGCAGAACGAUGCAGCCGACGAGAAUGAGGAUCACAGCAGCUGUGGUGCUGUUCAUGACAGCUGUUUUACAGCAGGCAGACUCUCACAAAAUGGGACUCGGACAAUGUAAGAAGCCAGAUGCUCUACAGGACUUCAAACCUGACCAGUUCACAGGCCUCUGGUACGUGAUCGAGAUCUUCAGCACGACCAGCAAAUGCAUGACGAUGACCUUCAACAGGACGGGCACAGGGUUCAAAGUGACGGAGGCCAGGGAGUUUGUCGUCGGUCGGAUGGUCAACAUCGACCACACCUUCAGCAACACGGGAACCUUCACCAUCGACGACCCCAGCAACCCUGCCGUCAUGAAGGCUAAUUGGCCCUCAAAUUUCCUCAGCUCCGCUGACGUCAGGAUCGUGGACACCGAUUACAGUUCGUUCGCCGUGCUCUUCGAGUGUCAGUUCCUGUACGUCAUCAACAGACACUCCGCCGUCAUCCUCAGUAGGGAGCCCAAACUCAGCAAUACGACAGUUGAUCGAAUCAAAAACGAUCUGACCGCGUUCGGAAUCGACGUAUCUGACUUCGACAUCAUCGACCACCGAAACUGCAACAAGCCCGGAGAAGCUGACUUCAACUGGGCCAUCGACGAGGACACUUUCAAAUUCACGGACCCGAAGGAGGAUAAGAUCCCCACACCGUCGCAGCAGCCUUCAUCCCCACCCGCGUCCGAAUUCCCUGACCCAACGGAGAUAGAAACCGUCGAAGCCGAUGCCACGGAAAACGAACUGUUUUAGUGUUGUCGUAGAAGGGAGGAGAAAAAUACAUCUUUCUUUUAAAGACAUAA